AUGAAACACAACGAAAAAAGUCAGAUUUAUAAAAUGUUGAAGCCCUGGCUUGGUGAUGGAUUACUUCUUAGUAAAGGUUCGAAAUGGCAGCACAGGAGAAAAAUUUUGACGCCUACUUUCCAUUUCAAUAUUUUACGCCAGUUCAGUUAUGUCAUAGAGGAGAACUCUCAGCGUUUAGUCAAGACCCUUGCAGAGUACGCAGGAACGCCAAUAGACAUUGCCCCAAUUCUCUCAGAUUUCACUCUCCAAGCUAUAUGUGAAACCGCAAUGGGAAGUCAGUUGAACGAGCACGCUUCUGCAAAAUCUUAUAAAGACGCCAUUUGUGAUAUGGGAUAUAUAUUUUAUAAAAGAUUUUCUCACAUCUAUUAUUUUAUUGAUUUCGUAUUCAAUAUUUCACCACUCGGUAGGAAACAGAAACAAUAUCUUGAAAUCGUACAUGGUUUUACUAAGAGAGUGAUAAAAGAGAGAAAAGAAUAUAGAGAGAAAAACAAGAUUGCGGAUGAUGAUAUAGAUAUGAAUGAAGUGACUUAUGUGUAUAGUAAAAAGAAAAGAACGGCAAUGUUAGAUCUUCUUAUACAAGCUGAAAAAGAAGGCCAGAUCGACGAAACUGGUAUUCAAGAAGAAGUAGAUACAUUCAUGUUUGAAGGCCAUGACACCACUGCAUCUGGUUUGACAUUCUGUUUCAUGCUCCUAGCAAAUCAUGAAGAUGCGCAGAAGAAAAUUUUCGAAGAAUUGAUAGAAGUAUGCGAUGACUCAAAACGCCCCAUAACUUUGGAAGACCUGCCAAAAUUGAAGUACUUGGAACGUUGCAUUAAGGAGUCGUUACGGCUUUAUCCUCCGGUGCACUUCAUUAGUCGCAAUUUAAACGAAAAAGUUACGUUAAGUAAUUACGAGAUACCAGCAGAAACUUUCUGUCACGUGCACAUCUAUGAUCUUCAUCGUCAUCCUGAUUUAUAUGAAAAUCCCAAUGAUUUUGAUCCUGACCGAUUUCUACCAGAGAACUCUGCAGGACGUCAUCCAUAUGCAUAUAUACCUUUUAGUGCCGGUCCUAGGAAUUGCAUAGGUCAAAAGUUCGCCAUGAUGGAGAUGAAGGUGGCUGUUGCAAGAGUAUUACGUGAAUUUGAGUUGAAGCCUGUCACGCGUCCGUCUGACAUCAAGCUAAUAACUGACUUAAUACUAAGAAAUGAUGGCCCCGUCGAAGUCACCUUCGUCAAGAGGUUACAGACCUAG